AUGUGGCAACACAACAGCGCACCGGUACUCCAGUUGGCCAAAGCCUCCAGUGGGGUCGGUAUGGUUGUGGCCCCGUUAUUAGCUGGACCAUUCAUUAAGGGCAAAAUAGUCCCUGAUAACUUCACACUCUACGAGUUUCUUAAUAAAACUCACAGCACUGCUACUGGCGAUGAGGCCAUAGAUGACUAUAACCAGUCGAUUGAGCGAAGGGCUGACCUCGAGCUACCAUUCCUUGUGGGAGGAAUCGCUAACCUUAUAAUCCCGAUAUCCAUGCGGUAUAAAUACUUGGAAGAGGACAUAGACUGCCCAACGGGUGGCACCGGUAUGUCGCCGGACGACAGAAGAGCAACACUUCACAGCAUAAAAGAGUUCACUAUAAAGAAACCAAUUGUCGAGCAGUCGGCGCUCAUGAAGUGGACAUUCGUGGCACUGAUAGCUACCAGUCUUAGCACAUACGGCGCGAUGGAGAACAUGCAUCUCGUCUACAGUUCCACUUACUAUCAGUUGAGUGCCGUCCAGAUGUCCGCCUCCCGGGCCGCCGACGUACUGUCCGUAUUGAACGCCAGCCUAACGGUCGGCAAAUUGAUCUCAACGUUCAUCGCACUAAAAGUGAAGGCAAACAUUAUGCUUAUGUAUCACAUGGUCUUACUGGCCAUCUCUCAGGCCGUGCUCUACUUUGGCCGCACCUCCCAAGUCAUGGUAUGGAUUGGAAACGUAUUGAUGGGUUUCGGAUACUCUGCUAUCUGGCCGUCAUAUUUCCAAUUUGGCGAAGACUUCGUAGGCCUAACUGACAACAUAGCGGCUAUAUUUGCAUUGGUGUCGGCCAUCUGUCCGAUGAUAACCCCCUUCUUCUUCGGACCCCUCGUUGAGGAAAAUCCCGACAUUUUUAUUAUAAUGGAGUUUGAUAAUAGGAGCCUGCUGGUUAAAGUGGUUAUUAAGUCACCUACACGCUUAUAUCUAUUACCCCCUCUGAUUGACUACAUGUAA